GUCCCAGGGGGCGGAGGGACGACCAAAGGACUCUGCGCCCUCCCUCCUCUUCCCGGUACCCAGUCCGUGGGUCCUCGGGAGAUGCGGCUGCCGCUGUUGCAGAGGUCGCGCACGCCGCAGACAGUCAGCCCGCCCCACCGCCGCCGCACCGGGGUGUCGGAGGGCGCGCCCCAGUCGGGCCAUGCAGCUGGGAGCGGCGCUGCAGGCCGUGCUGCUGGCCGUGCUGCUGGCCGGGCCGCGGGGCGCGAGCGGUCGCCUGCUGAGCGGGCAGCCAGUCUGCCGGGGAGGGACACAGAGGCCUUGUUAUAAAGUCAUUUACUUCCAUGAUACUUCUCGAAGACUGAACUUUGAGGAAGCCAGAGAAGCCUGCAGGAGGGAUGGGGGCCAGCUGGUCAGCAUUGAGUCCGAAGAUGAGCAGAGACUGGUAGAAAAGUUCAUUGAAAACCUCCUGGCAUCUGAUGGUGAUUUCUGGAUCGGGCUCAGGCAGCGUGAGGAGAAGCAGCACAACGGCACGGCCUGCCAGGACCUUUAUGCUUGGACUGAUGGCAGCACAUCAGAAUUCAGGAACUGGUAUGUGGAUGAGCCUUCCUGUGGCAGCGAGGUCUGCGUGGUCAUGUACCAUCAGCCAUCGGCACCUGCAGGCAUCGGAGGCCCCUACAUGUUCCAGUGGAAUGAUGACCGAUGCAACAUGAAAAACAAUUUCAUUUGCAAAUACUCUGAUGAGAAGCCAACGGUUCCUUCCACAAGGCCUGGAGGUGAGGAUACAGAGCCAGCAAGGCCUAUACUUCCAGAAGAAACACAGGCAGAAGAAGAUGCCAAAGAAACAUUUAAAGAAAGUAAAGAAGCCACCUUGAAUCUCUCAUACAUCUUAAUCCCCAGCGUCCCCCUUCUGCUCCUCCUUGUGGUCACCACGGUCAUAUUGUGGGUUUGGAUCUGUAGAAGAAGAAAACAGGAGCAGCCUGGUCUUAGCACAAAGGAGCAGCACACCAUCUGGCCCUCUCCUCACCAAGAGAUCAGCCCAGACUUAGAGGUUUACAAUGUCAUAAGAAAACAAAGUGAAGCUGACUUAACUGAAACCCGGCCAGACCUGAAGAAUAUCUCAUUCCGGGUGUAUUCUGGAGAAGCCACUCCUGACGAUGCAUCUUGUGACUAUGACAACAUGGCUGUGAACCCAUCGGAGAGUGGGUUCGUGACUCUGGCAAGUGUGGAGAGUGGAUUUGUGACGAAUGACAUUUAUGAGUUCUCCCCAGACCAGAUGAGGAGGAGCAAGGAGUCUGGAUGGGUGGAAAAUGAGAUAUAUGGUUAUUAACACAU